AUGAUGCUAAGUUGUCUGAAAACCAACCUAAAAAAAUACUUAAACAAUCAACACAAGACUUUGUAGAUGAAAGUGAUGAUAAAAUUAAUAAAAUCUCAAGCCAAGAAUCCUAUGAUUUAAUAUCUUUGCCCGCUCAACCACACUAUCCAUUUUACA